AUGACGGUGCGUGUUUCUCCGGAUACACUGGUGUUCUCCAAGGCCCGGGAGAAGAAGACAUUUAGCGUGUCGGUGAGCAGCCACCACGUGGAUGAACAAGAAUCCAUGGAGGGAAGCCUGAGCUGGGUUUCCGAGAAACACGUGGUGAGGAGCCCGAUCGUCGUCUCCCUUCGAGUCGGUGGUCCUACUCCCCUGCGAUCACCAUGA